GUGUGAAGUGCAACAUAUUGUUAAGUAGAUUUAUUUAAACGAUGUAAAUGUUCUGAUCUAAGCCGUAUAAAGGACAUCGGAAUCUGUUCAGUAUUCUAACUCGCACUUUCAGGGGAAAUUUUUUGUUUGUUCGACUGAAAGUUAUCGGAAGCUUGGUGGUGGUGACGUUGAAGUUGAGCGACCCUUCUCUUAUAGCCUAAGAUUACCUUUUUUCUGCCGAUUGUAUCUAGGCUUCAGAAUUCAUAAAAGUUGAAUUCAUCUGUGUUGGUCACUUCUGAUUCACUUCUGUUGAUCACAGAGGUUUUUUUUUUUUUUUGGUUUUUUUUUUGCGAUGAUUCAGCCUAUCAAAAAAACAACAACAACAACAUCCAGGCAGGAUUGUAUGAAAUUCUACAAUAUCUUACAGAAUAGGAGUGAAUAUUUCCUUUCUAUGGGUUCCAGCGCAUGUGGGGGUAGAAGGUAAUGAGGAGGUAGAUCAUUUGGCAAAGAGAUCUCUAAAACAUCCAGAGAUAGAGAUAGAAUGUAACACUGAGUAAAACUGAAGUAAAAUAAUAAGGAAUAAUAAAAUCUGCUCUACACAGGAAAUGGCAUAAGAAAAAUGAGACAACGAGACAAAAGGCAGGCAUCUAUACAAUAUUCAAAAUAAAGCUGGGGUAGAGAGAAACAGCUAUGGAAGUGGAAAGGAUGGCUCUGUAAUAUCUAGGUUUCGAAUAGACACGCAUCCCUUAUUUGCUCACUGUUCAUCAUAGGGAAAAGAGAAUCUGAAAACUGUGCACAGUGUGGCCUGCCAGAAACAUUUGAACAUGUGUUGAUUCAAUGUACCAAAUAUGACAGAGAAAGAAUUCAGUUUAUAGAAUCAUUAAGCCAUGUAGGAAUUAAUGACCUGUCAGUAAUAAGUAUAUUUCAAAAAGCACAAAAGGAGUCAAGGGUUUAUAAUAUUUUAUAUAGAAAUGUUUAAUUUGAGGUAAUUUAUCCAGAGAUUACUCCAUGGAAGUUAGUUUGGCCUGUUUUAGCCUGGUUUGUGUUAGAGGAAAAAAGGAAGGUGAGUCAGAAGUAACAGGAUUGGGGGUGGUGGUAUCAGAUAAAGGAAUAGGAAUCAAUAGAAGAACAUCUAAUAAGUUAGGGGUAUAUACUGUGGAAAUGUUGGCAAUGUUAAUUGCCUUACGAUGGGUGGAAAAGAUAGGACAAGGCAAAGUUUUGAUAUGCUCAGAUUCGUCAUCAGCUUUAGCAAAUUUUGUUUGAAAUACAGUCAGUGACAAGAAUAGUAAAUCAAGGAAGACAGGUAAAAUUUGUAUGGGUUCCAGGACAUGUGAGAAUAAGGGGAAAAGAAAUGGCAGAUAAAUUAUCAAAAAGGAUGUUAACAAAAGGAAACAUAGAAAUACAAGUAAGUAUUAGCAAAACAGAGGUUAAAAGUGUGAUAUGGGAGAAAAUAAAUCAAAAGUGGCUAGAAAUGUGGGAUAGAGAGGGGAAAGGGAGGCACUUAUAUCAAAUCCAAAGGCUUGUUAAAGAGACAAGAGUUGGAAGUGGCAAUCGGAGAGAAGAAAUGGUGAUAACUAGGUUAAGAUUGGGACAAUGUCUAUUAAAUAAAACACUUAAGAUAAUAGGGAAACAUGAUACUGGUCAGUGUGAAGGUUGUCAAGAAGAGGAGUCGGUAGAGCAUAGUCUUGAGAUGCAGGUAUUGUUACGUCCAAGGAUGUAUUCAAUGUGUUUAUUAUAAUGUGCGUGUGUUGGAUCUGGUUGUUUGCGCUCUCUUUCUCUUUCUCUUUCUCUCUCUCUCUCAUCACGAGACAGGUGCUUCAAUCAGCUGUGUUCAAUCCGGUCUUGGGUGACUGGAUAUUGAUGGGAAGGAGUGGGAAUUUAAGACGUGGUGGAUUUGUGGAGAAGAGAGAGAGAGACUUCCUUUUGCCAGGGCAAAUACUUCCUCCUGUUGCCCAGACUCACUUGUUGUUAGAUUGAACUCAGUAUUUUGUUGAGCUCUUUAACAGAAAGAGAACUGAAGUUGUUCAGUAUCUUUUGAUUCUGUUUAUGCCUUAUGUUAUCUAUGUUUGUUAACCUUUUACGUUUUUUUUUUAUUUAAGGGAAGGUAGGGGGAUGGUGCCAUUUUUAUUUGUACUUCUCUUUUUCUCCUGGUUAUGGCUAGGUAAGGAGAGAGGGAAGUUGUAUGUAUUUUAUUUGUGGAUUAUCUUUGUCUAGGUAAUUUUAUAAAAUUAUUGGGUUAGUUUGGCUUUUGUUUGUUAUUUUGGCCUAGCCCUCCCCUGAAGUUUUGUUCCCUCUACAUUUGUUAAUACUUUUAUAAACAAAAUUAGUAUUCUCAAUCUUUAUCUUUUCAAUUAAAAGACCCUAAUUUGAAUUGGUGUUUGUGUUGAUUCUGGGACGGGAGGUUGGAUUGCCCUGGUUCUCUCUCCAAGGUUUUCUUUCUUUAGUUAUUUUUUUUAAUUUAUUUUCUUAUUUUGUUACUGGCUCCCCAGCCCUAGAUGGGUAGUUAUGUAACAGUAUGAAGCACAAAAAGAGGUAAUGAGGAACAAGCUGAGGGAGACAGGGGUUCAGGACAUCACAUUAAUAUUGAGCACAAAACAUAGGGCACAGAAUAGAAUUCUUAUGAAUUUCUUAAGAGAAACAGGGAUUUUUGAUAGGAUAUGAAGAAUUAUAGGGGCAUUAAGGAAGAGUAGUAGUAGUAGUAGUAGUAGUAGGGUCAGGGAAGAAAUGUGUGUGUGGGGGGGAUGAUUUAGAAUUAUUUUCUGAUCCACACUCCAGGGGGCGGUAAUGCAUCAAAACGCUGGAUGCCAACCGCCGUAAAACAGAAAGAAGAAGCAGCCAUAAAACAUCUGAAGAAGAAGAUGCUAACUUCCGGGUUGGCCUACAAACAUUUCUUCUUUUUUUCCCCCCCUUACAAAAAUAUGUCAUCACUGCAGUAGUUCUGAAAUAUUCGGUGUCUGAGAUUUUUGGUGACACUAGGUGGAGCUUAUGUGAAUAUUCAUGAGUUUCCUUUUUCGUGUUAAAGCGCCACCGAAAAUAUAAGCGCACACUCCUCGGAUCACAGAAACUGUUCGGUAACUAGCUGACUUGAUUUGUCUUGAUGGUGUAAGGAACAAAGCUACAUAAUGUCCCAGCAUGCUCUGCUCUCUGCGGGCUGUAAGGCAUGGCGGUCAAUCACAUGUCCACGGUCAGAGCUUCGUCUGGAUCUCACUCUGGGAUGUGGUCAGACCUUCCGAUGGCGCGAGACUGCAGAUGGUCACUGGACGGGAGUAAUGCGGGGGAAAGUGUGGACACUAACUCAAACAGAGGAUAUGUUAUGGUACUAUGUUUACAGUCAUCAAAAAAAUCCUGGAACACAAAAAAGUCAGAAACAAAAAGUGGAAGAGAAGGAGCAGUUAUUGGUGAAGAGGUCAAAAAGAAUGAGUGACAUGAAGCAGGAAGAGGUGGGAAUGUGCACAGUUAUGUCAGAAACUGACAACAAAGAGGAGGAUCUUCUGAGGGACUAUUUCCAGUUAGAUGUUAAAUUAGGGGAUCUCUACAGGAACUGGAGCACCGCGGAUCCACACUUUAAACAUACAGCAAACAUCUUCACAGGAGUGCGUUUGUUGCGUCAAGAUCCUGUGGAGUGUCUUUUCUCAUUCAUCUGCAGCUCUAAUAAUCACAUCUCGCGGAUUCAGGGUAUGGUUGACAGACUGUGUCAGACACUCGGGACUCUCCUCUGCAAGCUUGAUGAUGUGGCCUAUCAUGAUUUCCCCCCUCUGCAAGAUCUUACAGACCCUAGUGUGGAGAUGCGUUUGCGUGACUUGGGUUUUGGCUACCGUGCUCGUUUUCUGCAGCAGAGCUCACAAACCAUUGUGAACUCUCAUGGCCCUGACUGGCUCCAUUCACUCCGCAGCGCUCCCUACCUGCAGACCAGAGAUGCACUGAGAACUCUUCCUGGAGUUGGUCUCAAAGUGGCUGACUGUGUAUGUCUGAUGUCACUGGACAAGUUUGAGGCGCUUCCUGUGGACACACAUGUGUGGCAGAUCGCCAAACGUGACUACAACUUUGCAGCCGGUAACAGCCAGAAGACCUUGACUGAUAGAGUCUACAAAGAGAUUGGUGACUUCUUUAGAAAACUCUGGGGUCCCUAUGCCGGCUGGGCACAGUCUGUACUUUUCUGUGCUGAUCUUAAGAAGUUUCAGAAGCUGAGAGAAGAGAUUCCUGUAAUGAAAGAUGAGAAAACUGAGCUGAAGAACAAGAUGAAAAAGAGAAGACAUGACGGAUAUAAACAAGAACAGAAAAGAGAAAAAGGCAAUAAGCAUCAGAGGUCAUAAGAUCAAAUGAUAGUCUGGAUAACAUUCAAUGUGUGUGUGUGUGUGUGUGUGUGUGUGCGUGCUUCUUUUGAAUUUCUACAAUAUAUAUCAGAAUUUCAAACAGCUUAGUUUUAUUGGUAAUUUCAAGGAAGGAACAAUAUUUUCCGCUGUGUAUUACAAUUGUGCAGUUAAACACUCUGAAGGGUUUGUUGUUGUUCCAGAGUUUGUGAGCCAAUCAGAAUAAAACUGCGUUUGAGAAACAAAUACAAAAUUAAUAAAAUACAAAUCAUAAAUACAAAUCUUAUUUCACUUUUAAUACACAGAUAAAAGAUAAAUUCUAAUAACUUAUAAAAAUAAUAAUGUUGUUUUUUUUUCUCAGUUUUUAAAAAUGGUAAAAUGAUAAAUUUGUCUGAAUUUUUCUAUUUUGUUGGAGCAAUAGCUUCAUGGGUAGAGCUCCAAUAUGUCUCGCAAUAGCAUUACAGAUGUUCUUCACAAAAUGUUCUGAGAAAUUCUUAUUUUUGCACAUUUUUACAAAAUGAAAAUUUAAAUUAAUAUGUAGCAUCACUUUGUGAUUGUAAAUGUGUAUUUGUUUUUAUUUAUAAUGGCAGGCAUUUGGUCUUGUCCAAUUUUUACAAAAAAUUAUAAAAAUAUUAUCAUCACACAUUAUUACCAUCACACAGUCAAAAAUCCACACAAUCAAACAUUACACCAAAAUAAGCUUGAAGGUUGCUCAAAGUUAUAAUGAGAUAUGUUCCAGGAGAUAAAUGUAAAUAAAUGUUUAAAGGGGGGGUAUCACACACAGUUUCUGCCAAUCUACAAACAAACAAACAUACAUGCACAACUCCGUUGCUGCCCCAAAAAAACAAACUUCAUCCUCUGUUCCCUUAACGCUAGGUUCUUUGGGAAGCUGAAAAAGGUAAUCUUUCCCUCACAACCAAAAACACACUCCUUCAGUGACAGGAGCUGCGUCUCAUUUCGGAGGCUUCGUCCUCCGGAGGUCGCAUUUGAAGGCUGAAUACUUCAUCAAGGAUGUCAUAUUUAAGAAAAGUAACCAUAAUAAAAUUGACUGAUAUUUAUUGUGAGGUGUAAAAUACUGUAAUUUCUUUCUUACAUUGCAAUCUAACAGUUAUUUUUCUUAAAUGAGACCGAUGAUGUAUGCAGCCUUCAAAGGGUGCAGCCCCUGAAUUGGACACAGCCAUUGUUGAAAAAUCUCUCGGCUUCCAUAUCCUGAAUGAAACGCGUUGAUGGGCGUGCUCUUGCUCUUGUUCUAGGUGAUGUGUGUGCGCACGCUUAUCAGGGAGAAGUGCCUUUACAAGGAAUUCCGCCCUUUAUUACGUGAUAAAGGGCCAUACUAGAAGAAAAACUCUCCAAAUCCUGUACCAAAACCGGAAGUAGUCAUUUGGCACAGAAAUACUCCGUCACACGUCCAACUCGUGUUUUGAAACUUUGGUCAUGUUUAGCAUGAAAAUCCAACUCUUCAACAGUGUAAAUAUUUCAGAAUGCAUGAAAUAGCAUUGCACCCCCCUUUAAUAUUGAUAAAUAAUAAAUGUUUAAAAAGUAGUUUAGUCAAACAGUUAAAUGAGAUUGAAUGGAAUUCAAUCAGAUGGAAGACUAUCCUCAGUGAAGCAUCUGCAAAAGAAAAAAAAAAAAACCCAAAGGACUGUCAGACUGUGAGAAAGAAGAUUCUCUGGUCUUAUGAACCUCAAUUCCAAGCAUUAUGUCUGGUGUGUAGCGUCUGGACCAAUCAGACACACAUUUAUUCAUUUAUUCAUUUAUAUUUAAAACUCUCCCUCACAAGUUCUCUGAACCCAUCCUCCCAAACUGCAACACAUAGGCAGAACUAGGUGUCCUGUUACUGACAGGAAGACUGAUAAGGAUAAGGAAUUUGCAGAGACUUGUGACUCUGACUUAAUUCCUGUUAAGAAGGACAAAUAAACCCUUUCCCCCUAUAUAUUUUCUAUAUAUAUAACCACUUAAGAAAUGUAUAAGCAUGUAUCCAAUUUUUCCAUCUCAUGAUUUUCCUCAUGAUUUGGCCUAUGUAUUAAUUCUCUCUUUUGAACUCUUAUGGUAUUGUUUCAGAGUUGCAUACUAUGGUUAACUAAAAUCACAUGGGUAGCAUGUUUGGUAUCGAUGGACUCCAACUUUCGUUUCCUAUUUGGUAAUUUGUUACAUGUUGCUAACUCUGUGAUACAUCAGUAUUAUAAGAAUCUAGAAGGAUCUUCUCUCAAACAUCCAAUCCAAUGUCUUAUGCUAAUAUCUUGCUACAGAACAAAGGCUCAUAAAACCCCCUCACAGAGGAAUUUCCAUUGCAAAAAUUCCUUUUUCCUCAUUGGUCAGGUCCACCCUGGGAGGUGGGACUUCUCCUGGACCUUAAAAGCCAGCGCACAAUGCUCCUCCCUCUCUUGCAUCUUCAACUGCCCCAAGACAACUUCUGCUGGUGGCCUCUCAGGUCAGGCCGGCAGGCCUUUACCUGCCCCCACCAUGUGCUUGACCCGGAGAGAAAAAACUCUUUCCUACUACAAGAGUCAAAUUAACAGCUUAAGUUGUUUCAUAUUUCUUCAUCCAACGCAGAAGAUAUUGAUUACAACUUCAGACCAAACCAUCAAGGAUCUCUCCUCAGCCUGCAGAUCCGAUGCUCCUCAACAGCUAAAGGCAUUUUGCAAGUAUCGUACACUAACACUAAACAGCGAUUUAGUAUUAAUUUGUGAACCCCUUUGUUAGCAAAGGUGCUUUAUUACUGAGAACACUGAUGGUCCUUUUCCAGGUUGUUUUGACUAUCUCCCUAGCUCCUCCUGUUUCCCACUUCCGGUUUCACUCUAUCAUUUAUCCUUUUAUCCAUGUACGUGUGACUGGUGUGUAUGUAUGUAUAUGUUUGUUAGUUUAGUUAUGUGUGUUCGUGAUUUAGCUAAUAAAACUUGUGCACAAUA